AUGGGGGGGGCCGUCCCCCACCGGCCCAGUGACCCGCGAUGGAGUGAGGGGCUGGCAGAGGAGGGGGUGCAGCGGCCGCCGUCCCCCCAAAGCUCAGGAAGGUGCAGGGAGAACUGGCUGCGUGGCCGGGCCCAGAGUGGGGAGAUCAGUGACACAACGUCCAGUUGGAGGCCACGGAUCAUCGAGGCGCUGGACGUGCCCUGGGUGGUGCUGCUCUCCAUGGACUCCUUCUACAAGGUGCUGGACGAGGGGCAGCAGGCGCUGGCAGCUCGCAGCGACUACAACUUCGACCACCCCGACGCCUUUGACUUCGAGCUGCUCGUCAGCGUCCUCCGCAAGCUCAAGAAGGGCAAGAGCGUGAAGGUGCCGAUCUACGACUUCACCACGCACAGCCGCCGCCGCGAGUGGAUCACUGUCAGGGCAGCUCUGGCCUCUGCCCACCAAGGGCAGCCCCUGCCGAAGACGCUGAGUGUCCUGGAGAACACGCCGCAGGUGCGGGGCAUGCACACCAUCAUCAGGAACAAGGACACGACCAGGGAUGAAUUCAUCUUCUACUCCAAGCGCCUCAUGAGGCUGUUGAUCGAACAUGCCCUCUCCUUCCUGCCGCUGAAGUCAGUCACGGUGGAGACCCCCCAGGGGACAACCUACGAAGGAAAGCGGUUCCACAGGCAGCGGAUCACGGGGGUGUCCAUCCUGCGGGCAGGGGAGACCAUGGAGCAGGCCCUCACUGCGGUCUGCAAGGACAUCCGCCUGGGCAAGAUCCUCAUCCAGACCAACCACGACACGGGGGAGCCCGAGCUCCACUACCUGCGCCUUCCCAAGGAGAUCAGCGAGGACUACGUCAUCCUCAUGGACAGCACCGUCUCCACCGGAGCUGCCGCCAUGAUGGCCGUGCGGGUGCUGCUGGACCACGACGUGCAGGAGGACAGGAUCUUCCUGCUGUCGCUGCUGAUGGCCGAGAUGGGGGUGCACUCGGUGGCCUACGCCUUUCCCCGCGUCCGCAUCAUCACCACCGCCGUGGACAAGAGGGUCAACGAGGAGUUCCACAUCAUCCCCGGCAUCGGGAACUUCGGGGACAGAUACUUCGGCACCGACGGCCCCUCCGCCUGGUGUGAGAGCGACGGCACGGACUGCUGAGCCGCCGGGCCACCGGGCCACCAGCCAGGCUGGCCACGGGGCCGGACCCCCACCUCCGCCCCCAGGAGGGGCUCCGAGCUGCCAGCCUCUGCUCCCCUCCCUGCAGGAUGAGCCCCCCACUGCCAGCCUGUCCCCCCAAGCAGGACAAGAGCCCCUCGUGGGUCCAUCUUCCCCGAGGAGGAGGGAGGCAGGGAGUGAUGGCAUCUCAUGCGGCCUGGGGGGGACACAAGGGGGGUUCCUCCCCUUGGAGCCCCCCUGUGCACUCCAGGCCAGCUGCGGCCCAGGGGGACGGUCACCCCCUUCCCUGGGGAGGGGGGGGACAGGGUCCCAUCCCCUCCAGGCUUCCUCCGGGUGCUGGGCAGGCUCCGUGCUGGAAUCUGUAUUUAUUUGUAUUUAUUUUACGGAGCUGCCCCCCCGGCUCUCCUGCGGGGCAGGCCAGCUACUUGAAAACCAUCAGGGAUUGGGGAUGUCCCCAAGGAACCACCAUCCCCCCCCCAAUUCCACACUCCAUCCCCGGCUGGGCCCCGGCAGCACUGGGAGGGUGGGGGCUGCCUUUGCCCCCCACUUCAGCUGGGGGGAUUUGACAUUCAAACACUCCCCUGCCCCCCCUCCCAGCCCGGGGCAGCCGGGGGUCCAUCCCAGGGGGUCCAUCCCUGGGGGACCAUCCUGACCCCCCCGGGAGCCAGGGUCUGCCCAGCCCCUGCUGCCCUCCUUGCUCAGGUUCUUGGCCCCCCCGAGGCAGCGGGGGUGGCUGCUGGGGGCGCAGCCGCCCCCCCUUCCAUGGCUGAAGAGGCUCCGCUGCCCCCCAGCCCCGGGGCUGCCCCCCCGCUGCCCCCAGCGCCUUCGUUUUGUACCCCAAUAAAGGAGCAGCACGA